AUGUGGUGGGCCCCAUGCCCUAUUUUCCUCUCAAAAUUUCUCUCCACAAGUGGAGAGAUUUUCACGGUUUCAGAACAUUCCCCCACUGCCCUCUCCCGCCAAGCUUGCAUCGGUCCUCAUUCUUUCCCGCGCCGAACGCUCUCAUCGUCGCUGGUCCAGUGGUCACAGUUCGUCCAAGCGGCUGCAUCUUCUUCAGAUUUCAACUCAUCCCUCUAUGACGAUUCCGCUAUUGUGAAACUCGACCUUGUCCUUUUCAAAUCAUACGCUGAUGUCCAUUUCAUGACGGCUUCUUGCCGAGGCUUUGUGUUUCUUAAGCCUAUAAAUGAGCGCAAAAUGAGCAACCAUAAUAAAGAAGGAAUGAUCAAGGAUCUUGAGGAAGAAAUGUUGGAUUUUGAAUCUGAAGUUAAAAGGUUCACAAAUUUUGAAGUGGCAACUAAAGGUCCUGACUUCAAGUUCAAUUUCAACUUCAACUACAACCACGUGCUACAAGAUUGGGAAUGGUGUAGGCGAAUGUGUAUUGUACAACUUAGAAAGCAUGAGGAGAGCAUUCAUGAAACAAUUAGAAGAACAGAAAAAUGUCGUGAUGUUAUUCGCAUGGGACCACAAGCAUUUAUGCAGUUAUGUGCUAAACUUCGAAAUACUGGUAGAGUUAAAGAUUCUAAAAAUGUUACUGUGGAGGAGCAGGUGGCAAAAUUUCUUCACACAUUAGCACACAAUGUAAGAAGUAGAACGAUGGCUUUUUAUUUUAAUCGGUCUAGAGAAACUAUUAGUCGUCAUUUUCAUAAUGUAUUACAAGCUAUUGUUUCUCUUGAGGCCGAAUUUCUUGUGCAACCUUCUGGCUCAGAGGUUUCUCCAGAAAUCCUUAAUAAUGAACGAUUCUACCCAUAUUUUAAGGAUUGCAUUGGAGCAAUAGAUGGAACUCAUGUUCGGGCAAAAGUACCUAAAAAAGAAGCUGCCCGUUUUCGAGGACGUAAAGAUUAUCCGACUCAAAAUGUUUUUGCUGCAUGUUCAUUUGACAUGAAAUUCACAUAUGUGUUAGCUGGAUGGGAAGGAACUGCCUCAGAUUCAAGAAUUCUUAAAAAUGCUUUAUCAAGAGAAGAUAAAAUUAUAAUUCCCCAAGGAAAAUUUUAUCUUGGGGAUGCUGGCUUCCCACUCAAGCGUGGUGUUAUAACACCUUACAGAGGAGUCCGUUAUCACUUGAAGGAAUAUUCAACAAGAGCACCACAAAAUGCAACAGAAAUUUUCAACCAUCGACAUGCUUCCUUGCGAAAUGUGAUAGAAAGAACAUUUGGUGUUUUGAAAAAAAGAUUUCCCAUAAUGGCAGUGGCACAGAGCCACAUUUUUCAAUUGAGACAAUGGUUGAUAUUGUGA